AUGGAGGAUGACCCGUUCCAAUUUUUCGAAAUUCCAUUCAAUGACAUCAACGAAGAUAACCAAAGCAGUCUAAUCGUGCAAGAAAACGACUCCGAGGACACAUUGACACAAAGCAACGAGGACAACGAAGUUGGCGAACGAGAGAUGGAACAUCACAACAUCGCAGACGAACUUAAAAACCUUCCAAUAACCGUCUCGCAAAUAUCAAAAAAGACAGCGGCAAAUCAGGUUAUUCAUUUCCUUUACAAAUUUGAAUCCUAUCCUUUGGAUACUCAGAUACCUACCUAUAUAUAA